AUGUACGACUCGAUCCCGAUUCUUGCUCAAGUAACGAAAAUAUCUGAAGAUACUACAGACUGGAACACUCUUAUACAGAAAAUUCAGAGUAAAAUGACAAAAACUUUUGUAUUGCGGAUGCCAGAUGGUCGAGAGCUCGUUAGGAAAAUCAAUAUGCCGAAGAUCGUGUUCAAGGUCGAAACUCGAUCAGGAAACAAAAAAGUAACAUUGAUAAACAAUUUAUCUUCUUUCGGUAUCGAGGUAAAGAAGCUAUGCCACCAAAUACAGGUCGAAGCUGCGACAAGUGCGACAACUACCAAUGAAGCCGUAAAUUGUGAAGGACCACAGGUGACAGUACUGGGGAAUCAUGUUACCUACCUCGGCGAUUUGCUCACAAAGGAUUAUGGCAUUGACAAGAAAUACAUGGAUGGUCUAGAUCUUGGUAUAAAGAAGAAGAGAAAAUAA